GUGCAGAAAACAGGGAAGGUGCUGUGCUUUCCCUGCUAAGUUCAGCCUACAUAGACGCGCUGUGAAAACCUUCAGCGCAUUUGGGUGGUUUUGAGGCUGCUCUUUGGCUGUGCAAAUCUUACGCGAGAAAGCAGAGAAAGUGCGCGUGGAUGGUGUGCCUUCUACGUUCGCUUCCGCAGGCCUCGGUGCGGUGGGAGCAAAGCCUGCGCGCGAUCACCUAGGCCGUGCCACACUGACAAAGAAUGUUCCGAUUUUACUCGGGGAAAUAGCUCUUCAGCGGGGUUCAUUUGCUGCGCUUGGCAAAGAAACCGAAACUAGGAUUUUACUUUAAUUUGGCACGAACAAAGUUCAGACGCGGCAACAAUGGGUGCUCAUUCAUUUUGUGUACUUUUAUUUUUGCCCGCGAUCUGCUCGCUUCAAUUUGGGAGCCACCGCUCAAAUCGCGUUUAAUUUCGCCUCACUGGCACUCUAUCUCAGGUCUUUCAAUGUCAGUGUUCAGCCUCAAAGUAGUUAUACAAAACCUGCAGAGUUGCUUGGAAGAUGAAGACGACCUUGACAUGGAUUCCUACAUUUUGGCCUACAGAGAGCUGUCGAAGUUCUUCCAAGAUCUCGGCUCACUGUUUGGCUUCAUCAACUCUGACGUGAAGAGCAAGCUUGACAUAUUGGAGGAUUACCGGAAGUUGGAUGACAUAGGGGACAACUACGAAACACUGAACACCAUGAUCGAGUACGAGAAGAGCGCAGGCACCAUCGAGGAUACAAAGAAGCCAUCAGGGUCACGCACGCUUCUCCGGCUUCACAGGGCACUGGAGUUCAUCGCCGCUCUGUUUAAAUGGCAUGUCUCUGGUGCAGUCACUGCAGCCUCCUUGAGCCCCUCUGAGGACUGUGUGAGGUCCAUGGUUCAGAGUAUGCGAAGGACUUCUCUAUUCCCAUCUUCCAGGAUAAAGUUGAGUCAGGCAGUUGCAGUCCUUAGGGCUAUCAGCAGUGCCAAUGACGAUGCAUCUGUUGGGAAGAUGGCGCAGGAGAGCUAUGACAGGACACUAGCCAAGCAUCAUCCGUGGCUUAUCAGGAAAGGAGCUUCUCUAGCCAUGUUGACUCUCCCGAAGGUUGAUGAGAUUUUUGCAAAGGCAUUGCCCGAUGAGAAGAAUGACCUGCGGCAACUGGUGUCGUCUGUCUCUGAGGAAGCCUACAAAGUGUACAACUUUACGCAGACUGUCUACGAACAGAAGAACCUUCUUAAUCUUCCUUAACGCUCCAUCUGACCAUGUGCGCGAGAGCGGUGGCCCCCCCCCCCCCUCCCCGAGUGAAGACAGUUUUUGAAUGGCCCUCUGAACAAGAGUGUUUUCUGCAAACUGCCAAACAUCACUGCUCUUGGUAGAACAAAGCUUUAUUUUUUUGUUGUUGUUGCCGGGCAACAGUGUUUUAAAUGUGUUUGCAUGUACACCGUGCUGCCUCAUUCGAGCUGCCAUGACUGGCCUCUCAGUGAAGAGUGAAUGCAAGUUCUCUGUGUGGGUGUCUGACAUCUGAGAGGUGAAAAUUUAGUCUUUAAUAACAACUUAUGAAGUUGGAAGUAGUUACCAUUUCAAGUGCCAGCUUGAGCUGCAGUAAUGUAUAGAUAUCAUGUUUAGCAAUUAUGUUUAACUUUCGAUUUGAGAUUUAAUUCAUGAUAUUUCUUUCGAAAAUGAAGCACUAUGCUCAUGAUUUUAUUGCAACGUGGUCUUCUGCACAGUUUGUAAGUGUGUGUGAGGCCUACAGCCGGUAAGUCAAUGUUAUAGUGAGAGUAGUCUUAGAGUAGAGCUUAAUCUCUUUUGUGCCAUUACGGUGGAAGAGAGAAGAUAUGGAAGAAAAUAUGCACUGGCUGAGAAAACGUUCGAAGUGUGUAGCCCGAACGGGGUAUUUUCAGCAUACCUUACUGUUAGCAUAUAAACUGAGAAAGUAUGGGAACAAGAAGUUGGCAGUGAGGCUUUGCUAUGAUGUCAAACCUGGAAAUAAUGGUUUAUCAGAUAUAACAGCAUGAAUAUAAAGUGUUUGUCACCUAUCACCAUGUAAGAAAUAUAUGCUUAUAACAAAUCUUGGAUAUAACGAAGGUAUUUAAGUGUCAGAUGUGACUUUUUUAUUAACGAGGCUUGACUAUAUUAGUCAAGUUAAAUCCUGCAUAGGCUGAUUCACUCAUGGAAAAGGCCGAGCUCAGUAGACCUUAUGUAGGUGCGUGGUAUGUUGCAGGACACUUAAGUUUAGAGUCAACUCCGCAGCUGCUUAUGGUGUAAUUGCUGAUGAGGCAAAGCAAUAGUGGCUAAAUGCAGCGAAAUGCAAGGCUUUGUUUCUAAUAUGAGUCAGGAUAGAAGGCACAUAAAUAUGCCAUUGCUCAUUAACAUACUGAAGUAUUCUAUGUUUACUUGAAUGUGCUACUUCUCAAGGUAGAAUGAUGUGACACUGCAUUGCAGCACCAAGUCUUGUCCAUGUUGAUGUCAGCGUUGAAGAUGACAGCGUAUUGCCUUGUAAUUUAUGCAGGGCAAGUAAUCUAUUAUCGAAGUACUUCUUUUCCUUUGAUUCUGUUGAUUCUGUGUGUCACAGUGAGUGAUGGAUCUUGAAGAUCACAGUAGUGCAGCAGCGAGAGGCCUGCGUGCUAAUCAUGCAAGUUCAAUGCAGCAGUUAAAUGAAUUUCUAUGGAAUUUGUAUUCAGAUCAUUUUGCUUAGCAGGGAAGAACGUUCAGACAAUAACAAAGAUAGUUUUGUGUGGUAUUCAUUUGACACCUUUAGAAAGUGAAUGAAGUGGUGUUUGUGACUCCUCGAUAAUGGCUUUGUUGCCUUUUUUUUUCCCUUAGUAAGAUUUAAAGAACAAACGAAUCGUGCCAUCAACUUCAACUACAUGAACUGUGACAACCAUUAUACCUAAACCUAAACACUAAAAAGAAGCUCAAUUAUACCUGACCAUAUGCAGCGACAUCAAAACUCCUUGUGACUGUGCCUUUGUGCACAUUAGGGUUAGAUGAUUGCACAAUGUCACUUUAAUUUACUGUCCUGAAAGGUGUUGUAAAUUAAACAGUAAAUUAAAGUGACAUUGUGCAAUCACCUAACCCAAAUGUGCACAAUGUCACUUUAAUUUACUGUCCUGAAAGGUGUUGUCACAUGAUGGAAGACUUGUUCAUAAGCCAUCAGUAAGACUCAGCUGUAAAAGCGUUUGCCUGUCAGUCUUUGCCUUGUGACUUUCAUGUAACUUAACCAUUUCCUGCACUGUUUUUAGCAUAGAGCUGUAAGUGUUCGCUUACAGCAAUAAAUUUAUCUUCAACUAAUUAUUUUUAAAUGCAGUAGAACCUUGUUGGUGCCUUUUGAGGUUGUAACAAUUCGUAAAACAUUGAGAGAAAUGUCAGAAUCAUGUUACCCGAAUGGGACAUAUUUAAUCUUCUCCACUAUAAGCAUAAACUGAGAAAUCUUGUAAAAAAAAAAAGGAUGUAGCAAGGGGAAUUUCUUACUGUGGCCUUUUGCAAGCUAAUGUCUGGAAUCAACAAAACUUUCAUAGAAAGGCAAAUCGUCAGCUCCUGUGCAUUAUAUAAUGUGUUUGUGCGCAAGUUAUGAGAAAUUAAGCACCCUUCUUUGUGUAAGCUGCAAGUGGAAGUGCAUGAAGUGGUUUCAUACUCCAUGUACAUGGCAUUCCGUGUGGCAUAUCAACGUGCUAUGUUGUUGGGAUUGCUAGUAGGAUUGCCAUAGGGUUUCCUGCAUAAAUUUCCUGCGUGGAUUUGUCUGAUCUCUGUGCUUGUGGCUUCAUACCUUUUUGUGACUUUAUUUACUGUGCUUUAUCUGCCUUUACUGGCCAAAAUGUUAAAGCAAUCCUGCAUUUCCAAAUGCAGAAGGUAAUCGUCCACAUGCAGGAUUGGCAAUUUUUCCAUUUGUAAUGCAAUGUAUGGUUGAUAAUGAACGAUUUGCAAAGUCACAAAGCUGUUUAAGGCAAGAGAUGUGAAGUUUAGGCAAAUCCCUGCACUAACCAUCAUUCCCGUGCAGGCUGAACCACCAUGCGUGCAACUCCCUUAGGGAACAUAGUACCUUGCUGGUUAAGCAGCGCACAGACACGGACACAGUGAAGACAAACAGGAAUAGAUGACACUUCACUGUGUCUUCACUGUGUCCGUGUCUGUGCGUUGCUUCACCAGCAAGGUACUAUGAUCACUCACCAACUAGCCCAACUUUCCACGUCCCUUAGGGAACUUUGGCAACAUUUGUAGAAAACUUAAUAGGUUGAGCUGGGCUAUGGAAUGUCUCUUUUGAUUCGCGUUACUGGGUCUGCGUACACUGUCAUGCAAGCUUUUUACUUUGAUGCUUGUUGGAUAGGGUCUUUAAGGACUGGAUAGUGCUUUUAACCUAAUUGCAAUUAAAAUUUGCAUCCACACUCUUCAUUGCAUCUUGUAUUCCACAUCUAUCACCGAGGCUGUGCAGUUGCAGUUUUGUUUAAAUCUUUCACGGAUCUACAUAUUAUAUUUUUGAAAGCAGGCUGCAGUUGUUAUGCAUCUCCUUUUUGCUCAUACCUCCUCUUGCGUCAUGUACUACAACGCACAUUGAAACUUUUGUGUUAGCCGAUGAAAUGUUCACCUUUGUUGUUUUGGUGUACAAUUGUUCACUUUUUGUGGAUUGUUUUACAAUUAUGUUACUGUUGCUUGGGUUUGGUAACCAUGGCAAGUAUUCUUGCCCCAAGUGUACUAAGCUUUAGCACUUGCCAUUUGCAGCUAAAAAAUCUUGAUUGCUAAUUUCAAGAAUUGUUUCAUGCCAUGCGGCUGAAACACUUUUAUGAUAUGCAUGCACAAGUGCGUCAAUAUGGUCAAAGGCCGUGCAAGAAGAUAACACGCAUUGCUGUUUCAGAAAGUGCAGUAAAGCAUUGUAAGCAAGCCCAACACGCAUGCAGUUUAGUUUCUCUUCCAUUACAGCAGCCUGAGAAUGAACUCUGCACUUAUUUCUUCUGUUCACUUGCAAUCACAUUAACGGGAUUUUAACUUUGUAUCCUUUUUUUCACGAUUCUUUCAUGUGAUAUGCUUUGCACCAGGGGCCGAAUUCAGAGUGAAUCUCAGGAAGUUUUCUUGUCUCAGCAACUAACAAACAAUAAUGUGCCAUGUCACACUGCAUAUUUAUUUGAAAGGGAAGAAAAGGACUGGAUGAGGUGAUACACUGGCUGCAAUCAAUUAAUUAUUUUUCACAGUCGACAGCUCUUAAGGUUUCAUCACACAACUUUCCGGUCUGCACACCUGUGUACGUGAUUACUAUAGCUCAGUGCACUGCCUUCAAGAUUGGCUCAUUUCAUUUCCUGCUAUAGAAACAGGAUGGGAACGUAUAAGUUACGGGAGCAUGCUGGGAGCAUAAUUCCGUGCUGAAUAUUUCUGGCUUUAAACUGCUUAUAGACACGUAAAAACAUUUCUGUCAAAGAAUGCUGUAAGGUAAAGUGGCAACAGUAAUGUUACAUCUUUUACUGGAGCACCACAACUUUAACUCCUCAUACGGUAGUGCACGAUUGGGUAGGUUUUACAUGAAAUCGCAUAUGAUUGGAACUGGAUUUCAUAGAACUGAAGAGCAUGGUAGAGAAGCUGUUUGCUGUUUAUGACUGUAACCAUUAACACGUACAGAUCUAGGCUUUUUGCCAAAGAGUAAACGAACAAGGUUUGCAAGACUAGGCAGAGAGAGAGCAAUAUUUAUUAUUUUAAUUUUUGACAAACCAACUGCACACAACAGAGCUGCUGCUGAGUGUAGCAGUAUAGUCGACUUCCGUUAAUUCGACCUUGACAGGACUGACAAAAUUUAUCCCAUUAUCUGGCGGGUCGAACUAAACGAGAUGCAGAAAAAACGCCAAAAUAGACCGACAGUAUUUGCCAAAAUCAGACACACCCUCGAAUCAAACGUGCGCCCACUUUUUAUCUGUCCAAAGUAGGAAACUAAUGUAGAAAUAACAUUGAAGAUCUUAAACAACGUAGAAAUCGAACGUGCACCUAAUUUUUUAGCAAGAGGAAGGCUUCGGCAAGGGUUUAUUGCACAAUGGCGGCCAGUUUUCAAAAGUCUGCUUUGCCGCAUUACAUUACUGGUAUGCGGUAAAGCAAAACAAAUCUGUUUUUGUUUCUUAUCCUAUUGCACCACGUGGGUAAUUUUUGGCCCAAUUUUCCUGGAAAACAUAAGGCACGCAUUAGAAUGAGAUAAGUAGCGUAAUCAUACAUAUUGAGCUAUGGUUGUUCUGUGAAAAUCUGUCUAGGGCCGAUUAGUCAUGUUCGAAUUAUUUGUCGAAGGCCAAUUAUAGGACCGAAAUGACGCAAGUUUAGACCCAUAGAAAUGCAUGGUUGCUGGCUGGGACCUUCGUUCAGGAUUGAAUUAACCGAAAAUUUGGAUUAACUGAAGUCUGUACAAUUUCCUUUGUCAGCUUCACCUAUUAUUCUCUCGUCACUAAAUGGCACACGUCAUUCGUUGGACGAUUAAUGUGCACAAUUACAAUGUUGUUAAAGAUUUCGGGGGGAUCUCUCCCUGCAUUGCAGCAAAUUGCAGAUGUGCUUCACUGUUUGGCAAAAGUCUUGUCCAUGACCCUCCCCCCUCCCCACCUUUCUUUUUGCUCUCUGAACUGUGUGCCGAUGUCAAUAUUUGCCCACAGAGUGUUGCUGAUUUGCACAAGUUUUUUAAUGGGUAAUGUUGAAAACAGAUUUCUACUGUGCUUACUGCAGUUUGGAAGCAUUCUUUUUGACAACCAUGACUGUCACUGCACCUUUCCCUUGGAGCUCUAGUCAAACUGCACUUAGCAUUUGACAGUCAAUUAUCACCGAGCAGGGUACUUUCUGCCAUCUGAAGUUAUGUUUUGUUAAAUAUAUUACUGUGAAUUGAGUGAUCCCAUAUUAGUAAUACUUCUAAUGGUCAUUUCAGCAGUGAGAUUACGUAUGCUAUGCAGUGUCAUUGUUGACAUGUUUUGCUUUUUACCUUUCAUUGUGCAUGUUGGCAGGUGAUCUGAUGUCAAGUCAACAUGAAGUUUGUAUUUGUGUUUAGUUUUUCUCUGUUCAGCUGCAGUCAAAUGUCACACAAUUCAGCUUGACAUGCAGCUUUAGCACUAUGAGCAUGUUUUCCAAUAGAGAACCUUUGCACAUUAUUUGUAGCAAAGGCCGAUUUCAAGGGAUAGAAAAUGUCGAUGGCCAACACAGAUGGGUUGUAACUCAUCAUUGAACUUUUGCUGAUGAGUGCUACCUUAACCUGGCCUGUUGUUGGCACGAUGUUUCACUAAUUUUGUGAGCCUAAUUAAAGAGCACUAUGAGAUUUUAUAGUGUUUUGAAUGCCUGUAGUGGGCGAGAGUAGUCCAUGAUUUCUGUUUUUUUUAAUGUGAGGUUUCCAAAACAUAAAUUUAGGUGACUCAAUUACAUUCGUGGCAAAACUUAGUUGUGUGUUUUGUAUAGAUGGUUUGCAUUCAGGUAAUCAUACAUUGUCAGUGGUAUGCUUGCAAAUUGGAGAAGUGGGAUUGGUGUAAUGCUACAUAAGCAAACUGAAGCUAGCAUUGCACUGUGAAAUAUAUAUUUAGGAGAAAGGUAAAUGUGCUCAUGUCAUUUUUAAAUUAGUUUGCUUAGCGUGUAACUGUUAUAAAACAAAGAACACUGGAGAUCAGUGGCAUCAACAUGCAUUCAGCCGAUCAGAUGUCUUAUUUGCUGCAUUCACAUUUCCUGUUGUAAUUCACAUAAUUGUUAAAGUGGAUGGCUUGUUUGUACACAAUCUUUUCCAGCUUUGAAUUAGUGGUUGUGCGUUAUGUCUAUUUUGUAUAGUAACUGCUUUUGUACUUUUAUAAGAAAACUUUAUAUAUACACUUUUAGGAAAUAAAAAAAAAAAAGAUGGUUCUGGA